UCGGCGCCACUCGUCGGAACGUCUGUUCUCGCGCUAAGGGGCCUUUUUUCGCCGCGUUUUUCGUUGCUCUCCGAAGUUGCACAGUAGCGCUCGCGCCUCUCCCUUGAAAGCAGUCCGUCCGUUAUCCGUGUGAGUUUCGCGCGUGCGAAAGAGAAAGAGAGGGAGAUAAAGAGAGAGAGAGAGAGAGAGAGAGAGAGAGAAGGACAGUGAGAACCGCGUGUGCGUAAUUCAUAAUAGACAAGUUCUCCAGCAAUGGCGAUGACAAAGCUGAGUCUGGCGCCGAAAACCAUCAAGUACUUGAUGUUCGCUUUCAACCUGUUCUUCGUGAUUACAGGAAUAGUGUUGCUAUCGAUCGGCGUGGUCAUCCAUGGAGUGUACCAUCAGUACCAACAUUUCCUUGACAACAGCUUCUUCUCGGUACCGUCUCUUCUCGUAGCCGUGGGCGCUAUCAUUUUUAUCAUCGCUUUCUUUGGAUGCUGCGGAGCCGCUCGCGAAAGUUAUUGCAUGAUUAUAACGUUCUGCACACUUCUAGCUGCGAUUUUCCUUCUGGAGAUUAUAGGCGGCACAAUGGGAUACGUGAUGAGGGCGCAAGUGAAGGAAGUUGCAAAGGCCAAGAUGCUCGAUACGAUGCCAAAAUACAACGGCAGCGAAGAGAUCAGAAUCGUCUGGGACAAUCUACAACGAGACUUUGAAUGUUGCGGGACGAACAAUGCUACUGACUGGUUAAAACCGGGAAAUCUGCCGGCUAUUCCGAUGUCGUGCUGCGACAAUGUAGUAGGUGCUAUUGGUGAAUCCAACUGCACCUUGUCGUCGCAGAGUCUGCAUCGUCAUGGCUGCAUGGAUGCGUUCGGGGAUUUCGCGGAAAAACACGCGUCCAAGAUAGCGGGUGUUGGGAUAGGUCUUGGUAUAAUUCAGUUGACGGGAGUGAUGAUAAUAUCGGUCGGUACGACGAUCUACGCAGUUUAUGAAAAUUUCUCGCAUUUUCUCGAUCCAAGCUACUUUUCGCCAGCCACUCUUUUGAUCGUAGUCGGAAUACUUGUCUUCAUAAUUGCCUUUAUGGGAUGUUGCGGUGCGCUUAGGGAAAGUACCUGCAUGGUUCUUGUGUUUGCAGUCUUGCUAUCGUUUGUCUUGCUAUUGGAACUUGCUGCCGCUGUUGCCGCGUAUGCCUUACAAGACGGUAUCAAGGAUCUUUUAGCAGAGAAGAUUAAUGUAACGAUGCAUCAGUAUGAAAAGAACGAGGAAGCCAGAUUUGCAAUCGAUUUUAUGCAGUCUAGGUUACGCUGUUGUGGAUAUAAUAACUACCAAGAUUGGAACAAUGUACCGUUCAAUAAUACGCAUAUGGAUGUACCUGACUCUUGUUGCGCAUAUCUAGUGGAUGAGCUUUCAGACCGUUGUUAUGGAAAAUAUCAGGAGGGCUGUAUUAGUCGCCUUGCUCUUAUUGUUCACCGUAGCGCGCUAUACAUCGGCACGGGGGCGGUAGCAAUCGCCCUUAUUCAACUAACGGGAAUUAUGUUUGCGUGUAUGCUUGGACGAGCUAUCAGGCGUCAGAAGACAGAAAGGGAGAGGCGUCGUUGGGAGUUACGAGAGAAUCUAGUGAACGGUUACGAGCCAUUGGGAAAAUCGGAUCCCGUAACUACGUUUCCCGUAGUGUACAUGUCGCCAGACUAUCCAUUGAAAGACGAUCAGAAAUGAUUCAGGUGAUCAAAAUUAACAUUUUGAUAUAAAAAUCGAAUAAUUAUAUAAAAACUUAAUGUUUUUUUUAUUUUGUCGAGCUCACAAAA